AGACCCUUUCACCUGAAUGUGUUGGAACAGCCAAGUUUAGAUCAAAAGUCCAGUCAACAGUGUCGAGCGAAUAUCAAGGUCAACUAUUCCAAGGUCCAUCGUCCCAGACAUUUUAUAAACCAUUGACCGUCAACGCACUUGGCAUUUCCAACACGCUACUACUCACAAACAACUAUGGGCUCAAUAUCACCACCUCGAGCAUUCAACUUUGACGGCGAAGUCGCCAUCGUCACUGGCGCCGGAUCGCGUCUUCCUGGAGAAAUCGGCAAUGGUCGCGCCACAGCCAUCUUGCUCGCCAGGCAAGGCGCCAAAGUCGCCCUCCUGGAUCUCAACACCGAAUGGGCCCAAGAGACCAAACAGAUGAUCGACUCCGAAGGAGGGGUAAGCGAAGUCAUCCAAGUCGACGUCACGAACGAAGACAGCGUAAAAGCCGCCGUCGCCAAAGCCAUCGAGAUUUUCGGAGCGGUGCACAUCCUCGUCAACAUCGUCGGCGUGGGCGGUGCUAUGGGCGACGCCACGGCUUUAGAUCUUACAGCCUGGGACCGCGACAUGCGCAUCAACGUCACGAGUAUGGUCCUCAUGGCGCGACACGUCAUUCCUGAGAUGCGCAAGAACGGCCGCGGCGCGAUCGUCAAUAUGUCCAGUGUGAGUGGUUUACUUGGCGGAAAUCCGAGUCUGUUGUAUCCUACGACGAAGGGGGCGAUCAUCCAGAUGACCAGGGCGAUGGCGGCGCAGCAUGGCCCCGAGAAUAUCAGGGUGAAUUGCGUUUGUCCCGGCAUGGUGUUCACACCGAUGGUCAGGGGGCGCGGUAUGACGGAGGAGAUGAGGGAGGCGAGGGUGAAGCAGAACCUGUUGAAACAGGAGGGCACAGGUUGGGAUGUUGGAUAUGCGAUCUUGUUCCUGUGCAGUAAAGAGGCGAGAUGGAUCACGGGACUUAUCAUGCCGGUCGACGCGGGUACUACGGCGGGGAAAGCAGAUAGACCGUCGCUCAAGGCGGAUUCGUUGGCUGAGCAGAUGACUGGGAUACCGAAUAAAGCUGAUGGGGAAACGAAUGGGAAUGGGCACAAGAUAUAGGGAGAGUCAGGAAAGGGGUAGAAAUGAGAUCUGCAUCACCACCAACUAAUACUGAAAGGGCACGUGUACGCGACACAUCGACGAUAUGAACUGCCUGUCCUCGUUCGUAUUUGUCCAAUAUGCUGGCUGGCUGGCAUGAAACUGAGCAGAUCGGGUAUAUAUAUCGGUCGCGUUCAAAUUCACCCAAGAAUCAACAAUCAGGAUUGGAUUGUUAGCUCAAGGGUUAGAGCGACCAGGGGAAAUGGCAACAAAGUCAUACCAGGCCGAGAGGCAU